GGACGACUCUCUGCUGCCUUCCUUUGGAGAUUUUCCAGCCACGUCCAACUGGUAGGAGACCCCGAGGUAGACCCAGAACUUUCUGGAUGGAUUACAGAUCCCAUCAGGACUGGGAACGUCUCAGGAGGAGCUGGGAAACCUUGCUGGGGGAACUGUGACCACACUCCAUCAGAGCAGGUUGCGGUAAUUCACCUUAACAGUUGUCACCCGCUGUUAAAGAAUGAGGAGAGCGAGAAGAACGAGAGAAAGAGGAGGGUAUGUCGCCGCCUUCACGGUACCAGGAUGGUGUUGUCGAGCGAAGGAGUACCCCACACGUGACGGACAGUGCUGCCCAAAGUGCCACGAAGGCACAGUUGUUCAAAGAGACUGUACACCACAGUUAGGCACACGCUGCAGUCCCUGUGAGAAUGGGACUUUUAUGAACCAACCCAAUGGACUGAAGAAGUGUUUCCCCUGCACUACCUGUGUGUCAGCUCAUGGUCUCUUUACCCAGCAGAAAUGUGCAGCAACAACUGACACAGUUUGUGAUGUUUUAAGUGGAUAUUACUGCAAAAGUGUGGUGGAUGACAGAGGAUGUAGUAUGGCAGAGAAGCAUACACCCUGUGCACCUGGUCAGAUGAUUAAAGAACCUGGAACCAGCAGGACUGACACAGUGUGUGAAGACUGCCAGCCAGGCUAUUUUUCACAGGAUGGUGUGAACUGCACAGCUUGGACAAUCUGCUCAGAAACCCAAGUAAAGGUCAAAGAAGGAGGCCUGACUAAUGAUGUUGUCUGCAGUAGUGCAUGGAGAAAUCAUUACUUUAUGUUUCUACCUCUUAUUUGUUUUUUGUCAGUAACAGUUGUUGGGCUUGUGACUAGAGGCAGGAGAAUAACAGCUGGUAAGGUAUAACCUCUCCAUUUGUUUCUUAUAAAUGCUCAGUUUAUAAGUUAAUAUGAGAAACACUGAUCUCAGGGUGGAAUACAGUGUCACAUCUACAGUGGACCCUUGUGUAAGGCUCCAUCUUUUUGCCUCUGCAGUGUGUUGACUUUGUUACACAUGUAAUAACGAAACUAAAUGUAACACUAAAUAUAACAUGUUUCAACCUCUCAGCUAAAGUACUUUUAGAAAUACUGUGGAGGCAAUUAACCACAAAUGUUACUGUGAACUCUUUAGGUUUCUCAGUAAAGCUUACCACUGCCUUCACUUUAAAGUUAUUUUUGUAUUUUAUUAUGAUGUUAUUUUUAUAGGUGUCAUCUCAUUAUUUCCAAGCUAAUUUUAUACAUUGUUUUUCUGCAUGUUGUUUCUGGCACAGUACAGCUCUGUCAUUGUGUGCAUCUGAAACCCACAUUUAGCAUCUUGCUUGAAAUGAUCAUGGUCGUUGCUCUUGGUUUUUUGUUUGUUUGUUUUUGUUUUUUGUUACUUUUUGUUUUCAUGUGUUUUGAGAGGCAGCUAUUUGUACUGCUAAAGUUUUCCUUCUGUGAAUUACUAAUAAAAACAAGUAACUGGA